CCGGCCGGAGGCACCGGGAGCCCCUCGCUCUCCGUAGUGGGCGUGGCCGCUCGGACACGGUGGCGGCGAAGCCGGGGAGCCAUGGCUGUGGACAUCACGCUUCUGUUCCGGGCCAGCGUGAAGACAGUGAAGACCCGCAACAAGGCUCUAGGGGUGGCGGUGGGCGGCGGCGGCCCGGACGGGACCCGCGAUGAGUUGUUCCGCAGGAGCCCCCGCCCCAAAGGCGAUUUCUCCAGCCGCGCCCGCGAAGUGAUUUCCCAUAUUGGGAAGUUGAGAGACUUUCUUCUGGAACACAGGAAAGAUUACAUUAAUGCAUAUAGCCACAUUAUGUCUGACUACAUGAGGAUGACUGAUACAGAACGGGAUCAGAUUGAUCAGGAUGCCCAAAUAUUUAUGAGGACGUGUUCAGAAGCAAUUCAGCAACUACGAACAGAAGCACACAAGGAGGUGCAUUCCCAGCAAGUCAAGGAACACAGAAGUGCAGUCUUGGAUUUCAUUGAAGAUUAUUUAAAAAGAGUCUGUAAAAUUUAUUCUGAGCAGAGAGCGAUCCGAGUUAAACGUGUGGUGGAUAAAAAAAGAUUGUCGAGGCUUGAACCGGACCAGAGCUGUAAAUCUACAGAAUCCUCAUCAUCUGAGAAAGUCUCACAGAGCUCAGAAGAAUCGGAAGAAAAAUCUCCCACAGAGGAAAACCGAGAUAAGAACGUGACAGCAGCUCAGUCUAACUUUGGCCUGUGGGGAGAUGGCAGAGGAGAAGAUGAGUUGUCCCCGGAAGAAAUACAAGUGUUUGAACAAGAAAAUCAGAGACUCGUGGGGGAGAUGAACAGCUUGUUUGAUGAAGUGAGGCAAAUUGAAGGAAAAGUGGUCGAAAUUUCCAGACUUCAAGAGAUUUUCACAGAAAAGGUUUUGCAACAGGAAACUGAAAUCGACAACAUUCACCAGCUAGUUGUGGGUGCGACGGAGAAUAUCAAGGAAGGUAACGAAGACAUAAGGGAGGCAAUUAAAAACAACGCAGGAUUCCGUGUUUGGAUUCUUUUCUUCCUUGUGAUGUGUUCAUUCUCCUUGCUUUUCCUGGACUGGUAUGAUAGCUAGUUGUGAUUGAGGGGCAGGGUUAUUGAUGUCUUACUCAUCUGAAUAUUAAAUCACAGAACACUUUGCUUUCAACAAAGCAGAAUGUACUUUAUGGUGUUUUAUACAACUCAAUUGUGAUUCUAGAAUUUUACAAUUAAAUCACUUAUGGAUGUUUGUGUAAUUGUUCACACUCACAAAGGGAAUCCUCAUAUUGUUUUAGUACCUGUAAUAGAUACAUUCAAUUAUUGCACUUAGAAAGUUUUAGUUUGCCAGAAAAAGUAAAGGAUUGUUGACUGAAACCUUUUUUAAAAAUUUAAAACUAUGCUAAGUAGCUCAAUAGUAAAGAAAUUCAGAUUCCUGUCAAAAUGAGUGAUAUGGUGAAAAGUGCUUUUGAGGUGCAGAGAAUGCUAGAUAUUAAUUUGAGGGAGGGCUUGCACAAGGAGACUGCCUGAUUUUCCAUCCUGUUCAACCUCAGGGAAAAACUUUUAUGAAAUCUCCCUACUAAAUGAUGGUUUCUAUUCCUUUUCCUACUACUUCAUCUCACCGAGAUGAUCAACUGUUCAUUCACAAAGACAAUGUAUUUGUAGAAAGGAAAACCGAUAGCCCAUUUGUUAAUCUUAUGAGUUUAACAUAAUUUAACUUAUUGCAGACAGUAAAUGUUUCUAGAUCAUUCAGAAUAUGCAUCAUGUAAUGACGAAGUAGUGAACAUUGCAGUGGAACCAAAGAUCGACUAGAAAAAAGCCAAACUUAUCAAGUAUUUAUUUCUAGGGUAGAAUCAGGACUUAAAUUCAACAAGAAUCAGUAGCCGAAGGUAGAUGCUGUUUUUUGACUGCCUCCCGAAUGGAAGUGUCCCACUGUAUGCUUUUAUACCAGGGCUGGCGGGUAGUUCCCAUUAGGCUCAGUCUCCUGCUCUUACAUUCCCAGAAGGAGAUCUACAUGGGAAGUUUUGUCUCAGCAGCUAGCUGCCUUGAGAGUAGAAAUAUGAAAGAUUAGUUUAUUGAUUGAAAGAGCAAAUAUUGGGGAACUGCCUCAGAGCAGGCCACGCCGUGUCCCCUCUGUAAACGUGUCCACGUAAUUUGUUCUGUCUUAAUAUUUGGAAAAUGCAUGUGGGCUUUUGAGACAGAUAUGAAGCAGCCAGAGAUACCCUUGCUGUACUUUAUUUACAUGGAGUGAAAAUGUCAAAAGUUACAUGCGAACGAACUUACAUUCAAUAAAGUAUGUACUCUACUAGAAAAUACAAA